AUGGCGGCGGCGGGGCGUGCGGGGUCCGAGCACGGGGCUUUGGAGAGCGCAGGCGGCGCGGCUCGGCGCCCGCAGCGGAAACGGUUGUGGAGGCCCACAGCAAUGCACGGCCUUCUGGGGAGCGUUCAGCAGGGACGAGGAUUUGCAUUUCGGAGAAAACAGAAGAUUGAAAGGAAAUACAGGAAAUUAUUGAAGAAGGAGCAGAAGAUCUGUUCACCACGGGCUGAUCAAUUCACAGAUACUUACCCAGAGCAUCUGAAGCAUCUUUACCUAGCAGAGGAGGAGAGGCUGAAGAAACAGCACAAGUCUCCAAAUGAUUCAGUUCUAUCAGAAGAAAAGCUUAAUAAAGCAGUAGAACCAGUCACAACUGAAGGAAAGUUUAAGAAAAAAACAUCCAAUCAGAAGGCAAAAGAAGAGUAUGAAAAAAUACAGGCUGAGCGUGCUAAGAAGAGAGAGGAAGCAGAAAAAAGAAAACAACAAAGAGAAGCAGCUCAGAGGUUGUACAAGCAAAAGAAAAUGGAAGCUUAUAAAAUACUGAGUAGGAAGACCAAGAAAGGACAGCCAAAUCUAAAUGCACAAAUGGAGUUUCUUCUUCAGAAAAUACAACAAAAGACAUAAACCUCUGCAUAAACCUCCAUUACAGGUUUUGAGUUACAUGUGGACAUUUUAUUAAAUGACUUUUAAUAAAUAAUCUCUUUUUGCUUCUUCAUUACUUUUUGCCACCGGCACGAUUUAUCUCAGUCCUAUUGUGGAAGAUAUUCGCCCUGAAUAUCUUAGGAAUAUUCUGUUCCUGAGAGUCAGUGAGACCUGGUACUUUGAAAAUAAAUGGCCCAUGUUAAUAAAA